UUUAUUAAAUUUAUAAAAAGCGUUGCAUUAACUGUGAAAUAAAACUUUGUUGCAAUUAACAUUAAUAGUGAACAUUUGUAAGCAACUACUGCGCAUGAAAAGAAUAAAAGAAACUUCUUUAAAAAGACGCCAAUAUUAAAAAAUUACUUGCAAACAAAAGUGCAUCUAAGCAAAAUGUUUAACAAAUUGCAUGGUAUGAAACUGUUUGACAGCCGGUUUGUGGCCAACACAUUAAACAAUGCACGACGUUGCCCAAAGUGUCGCAAUGAAUAUUCCUACAAUUAUGACACGUCCGAUAGGUUUGAUAGUGAUCACCAUGUCAAAAGCAAUCGGCCCAUGUUAUUGGCCUGCGGCCACAAUAUGUGCGAGAAUUGUGUCUAUCACAAUCGCCACAACCUAACCUGCGGUACAUGCCUCAAGCCCGUUCUCAUAACACAAGAACCAGCAAAACAAUUUUCAAAUUUUAAAGUACGCGAUCAUUUUGAUAUGAAUUUCUUUUUGAUGGGACAAUUGAAUCAUUGGCGUUUCUAUCGCAAAGAGGGUUCAGCCAACAACACUCUGUUAAUGAGUGCAGCUGGACGUUCAAAUAUCAAUAGUACUAUGUUCGAUGCAGAUGCCAGUGUAGCAACGUCGUCGGUUAUAAAGUGUGCAGAAUGUGAAUUGGUACCGUCAUUGGGUAAAUGUCGAACAUGCAAAUUCUACUAUUGCAAGCGAUGUUUCGAUAAUGUGCACAAGAAUAGUAAAGUAUUGAAAUUGCACACGCUACAACGUUUCGAUAAGGAUGCAACUACAUACGGGGAACUGGUGCGUUUAACAAAGCCGCGUUUUUGUAAGCGACAUCAGCGUCAUUCUGAUCGUUAUUGCCCGAAAUGUGAUUUUGUAUGCUGUGGAGAAUGUGCUCGACAAGACCAUCAAUAUCAUCACUAUCGAAAAUUAUCAGAUGAGAACGAAAAGUUAAUGGAAGAAUUACAUGUUACUCUGGAUAAUGCUCAAUUGGCUCGAGAGAGUUUAAAUAAAGGUCAAAAGGACAUUAAAGCUGUUGAGACCCAGCUCGAGGAAUAUGCCGCGAAAACAUUGGAGGAAAUAUCAAAUUAUUAUGUACAACUUCAUAGUUUUUUACAGAAUGAAGAGAGACAUAUUAUGGACAAGUUCAGUGAAAUGUGUCAGCAGCCACAAUUUAUGUUACGUCAAUCUAAUAUCAAACUUAAUGAAUCUCUAGAGACUUUAAAUUCCAUACGCAGCACUCUUGAGAAGUUUGAACACUCUCCACCAGUAAAUGUUUAUUUAGGUCACAUAUUGCCUAAAUAUGAUCAACUUCUACAACAAAUACCAUCUAAUAUACAAAUUACUAAACCGCACAGUAAUCCAUUUAUUUUUGAAAUUAAACACGAUUUACGACAAGAUAUACAUAAUGCAAUUGAAUACAACUAUAAGGAUCCAAAAAUAUUGAUCAAAAUUGAUAGAUCGUUUUACGACUCAAAUCCUUCAAUUGCUGAUAGCACUCCCAUCAGUAUGCCGUCAUCCACUUUAAAUAUAACGCUGAACAAAAGCGUAUCGCCUAAACCCAAAACGAAUAAGAAAAAUAAAAAGAAAACAAAUUCAAGAAACUUAAAUCAAAACAACGAUAUCUCUAUGACUAAUAAUGCUGCUGCUCCCGAUCCGAAUCAUGAUGGAGCAAAUUUAGUACAUAUAACAAAUAUUAAAUCACCAGAAAGUUUUUACAUACAAAACGUAAAUGAGAUACAUACAAUACGAAAACUCUCUCAUACAUAUUUGUUGAAUGCUAUUGCAAACAAUAUACCGAAAAUAAUUGCUGAAGGUUAUUACUAUAUGGCCUAUCAUGUUACCGAGAAGCAGUGGUAUCGUGGCAUGCUAAAAAAAAUUUUACCCAAUGAUCUGUAUAAAAUAUUUCUGAUGGAUUUUGGCAUAAGUAUGGAAGUGUCGAAAGACAAACUUUGUGAUAUCGAGGAAAGACAUUUAAAAAUACCAUUUGCCGCCAUACGGUGUGCUAUAUAUGAUAUUAUGCCGGUGGGCAAAAAAUGGACUGAAGUAGAAAAUAAUUUGUUAUUAGAACUGUUGCACAACAAACCUGCACGUAUCAGCAUUAUCGAAAAAGUAAGCAAUGAUAUGCUUAAAAUUGAUUUACACACAGAAAAAUCAAAAUCCGUACAUGAUACUUUUUUAUAUACAGGCCUGGCCCGUGAGAGGCCAGGAUUAAACAGCUUUAAACUGCAAGUGAAGGCGAAUGUACCAAUUAUUAAAAUCGAGGAACGAAUUCCAAAAAUGAACAUACAAGAUAGUGAAAUAUUACAGGUAACUGUGUUGCACGUGGAAGGACCUGAGGAAUUUUAUGUUAUUAAGAACGAAUUAAUUGAAAGUAAGGAGGAACUGAGAAGAGAAUUAAACGAACACUAUCAUAAUAAUUCAACAAAACUGCAACAGAUUUAUUUGGGCACUGUGCAAAUGUGUUGUGCCGUUAAUGUCAAUGAUGUUUGGUAUCGCGCUGUCAUAGAGGAGAUCAAAGACAGGGGACAAUUAAAUAUACGUUUAGUGGAUGAAGGACGCAGAGAACUUAUAAAUUGGAGACAAGCUUUUGUUUUGAUUGAACAAUUUCGCAAAAAACGCGAAUUUGCAUUACCAUGUACAUUGGCGGAUAUCGAACCACUUCAGCAAAAUAAAUAUGUUUAUACUGCCGAGGCUAUAAAGGAUUUCAAACAAAUGACCACAAAUCCCCAAUUACGUAUGGAAGUAGUGGCGGUUACAUCGAAGAUAUAUAAAGUGGUUUUGUACAUUUGCAAAAAGUCGUUGGACAUUAAUAUAGGAGCUUCAUUAGUGAAGAACAAAUAUGGUAUUUCUACAGGGGAAUCAACACAAAUAAUAGAAGUAUCGAAAACACUUAAAACUAAAAAUAAUCAGCCAUUUACAAUCCAUUCCAACGAUGAUAAUCUAAAAGCCUCAACUGCCAACCCAAUAAAACGUACACUUGUUAAAAUCACACAUGUUAUAAAUCCCGGUGAAUUUUAUAUACAAUUGGCCAAUCUUAUCCAGGGUACAAAAGCCUUUCAUCAGCAAAUACAAGAGGUUCAAGCCAAAAAGAGUGGUACCAAGCAGCCACUACCUUAUGAAACGCGCGAAUGGUUUGAGAAUAACCACUGUCUUGUCUACACAAAAUAUCAUAGUUCCCAAUUCACACAACCACCAGAUGGGCCUCUGCUCGAUCAUUUUGAAUGGUACCGUGGGAUUAUUACCAAAAUAACUUACCUUCCCGGAGAAGAGCCAACAUUUUCGGUAUUCCUAAGAGAUAUUGGUGUCACCAUAUGCUCGAUUUAUAGUCAACAAUUGUACUCGAUUGAUCCGCAAUUAGAUCGUGUUACAAAUGCAGUAUAUUGUUGCCACCUGGCCUGUAUUGAACCAGCUGGUGGUAAAACCUGGUCUCAAUCGGCCAUCGACAGUUUUCAACACUAUGUAAUGACUGCCGAAACAUUGUCAGUUUCGUUGCACGGUAAACGCAAUCAGGAGAAAAAUUCAUUGGCCAUCGUUUUAUGGAGUUCGAAAAUGGAGACGGCUAAUCCCUUGGCACCGUGUAUUACGAAAUAUUCCAAUAUCAAUCGUAACUUAGUUAGAAAAGGAUUGGCUCACAUGGUGGAGCCCUUGGACACUAAACAACAAUUCGAUCAAAUUGAAGAAAUGGAAUUAGCAAAUGGCGAAAUAACAUUGGAACAAUGGUUUAAAUCAUUUUCGGACAAUGUUUUAUUAAAAGAACUUGAAAAUACUGGAAAACUACCACUACAUUUAAACAUAACUGCUGUUGAUGCCAUUGAAAGUAAUGAGUUCUACAUGGAUGAUCAUCCUUUAAGUGUCCAUCUGAACGAAAUGGAUUUUAAAGAAACCACCGGCCAGAGAGCUCCUCCAACAUGGUUUGCAUCUAAAGUUAUUACAAAAACAUUAUUUUCUGGCUAUCCCACAUACAUAGACUUCGAUUGUGUUGUGUAUUUACAUGAGGCGGGCGAUAAGAAGUUUUUGGACAAAAUAACUAAAAAGUUAACAGACACCUAUGGACCUGUAGAGCCACCGUCAAACGAGUAUCGGUUUGCCAUUGAUCAAGCGUGUGUAGUUAAGUACCACGUUGAUGCGAAAUAUUAUCGUGGAAUCAUAACAGCAGAUAUGAAUUCUGAACGUGAAUGGAGUGUACAAUUCAUAGACUAUGGCAACGUUGAGAUGGUGGGGGUUAAAGAUUUACGUCCGUACGCUCCGUUUCCCAAUUUACCGGCCAUGGCAACUAAAUACAUAAUCGAUGGUAUCAAACCUAAAGGAGGCGCCGCCAAAUUUAAUAUUGGUGAAUUGGAUCAAAUGCAUGCCAUGCUUGUUACUAAAUUUGUAUCGAUACGUAUACAGUCCACUGAGCUGCAAAAUAAAAUUAAACGUUGUAGCAUGCGUUUGGGAGCAAUAGAUGUGGCUGGAGAUAUUAUUAACAGAGGACUAGCAGAAGCUGAUUACAAACCACUUUCUGAAAACGCAAUAACAGAAACAAAACCUUUCAUUUUAUCCCAACUGGAUGGCGAUUUGAAUACAGUAGGUUCAAUCAAAUCACGUAGAAGUCGUAAUCCUUUACCCGUUGCACCGGUUGAAGACUAUGCGAUUUUUAGUCAAAGCAAUAACAUGAGUAUCGAUUGCGAUUAUAUGAAUGAUAUGGGAAAUAUAAAGGACGGCGACAACAGUUUGUCGGAUGAUAGUGAUGCUGCUGAUCCUGACAAUGAUGACGAUGAUAAGUAUAGCGUUCAAUUUGAUCAUCUUAAUGAAAUGUUAGAUCGUUUGUCAAAAAACAAAAACAUUGAUCAUUGUACAAAACCAAUGGCGAAAACUACAACAGAAACAAUAACCACUAACACGGCCUCAAAUAAACCACCACCGACCAAAAAACGUAUGUUCAACGAUAAUGAUUAUACAAAAAUGAUGAAUGACAUGAUGGUGUAUGAUACUGAUGAUAUCGUCGAUAAUUACCAACAUGAAUUUGACCUUGAUGAUAAUGACAACGACGGUGAUGAGGAUGAAGAUAUUAUUGAAUUGGGACAAAGUUUUGCCAUGAACUAUUGGCAUAAUGCUGCUGAAGACAUGCGCGAGGAAGAAGAUGAAGAAAUUAUUGAGCAACUAGAUCGUAGAGCUUCUUUAUCUUAUGAAGAUCCAGAUAUCGAAUCCGAUUUCGAUGUUUUUCAUCCAAACGAAACCUCGACUGUACUCUCACAUUUUAGUGGUAUUGAAUAUUUUAAAUCACCUCAAUUACCAGCCGCCAUGCAUCACUUCAAUUGCAGUGUUGUCUCCAUUGUUACACCAACGAUAUUGCAAAUAUUUCCUCAUCACACAGAAUUUCGCUAUCGCCAAUUGGAAUUGCAACGAUCCAUUAAAGAAAUCGUCAAACUAUCUCUACCACCGCUUACGAAAUUCGAACCACGUACUAUAUGUUUGGCCUGUUACACAAAAGACAAAAUCUGGUAUCGUGCCGUUAUACGUUCUUAUAAUCCAACUGCCAAGACUGUGGAUGUUUUCUAUGUUGACUAUUUGAACAGUGAGACACUGUCCGUAAAGUAUAUUCGUCAGUGUCCACAAGAAUUAUUGGGUUGGCCCCUACGUACCUUCCGUGUACGUUUACAUGGCAUACAAGUGAAUCCAAAUGUCAAAGAGCAUGAAAUACGUUUGGGCCUGCAUCAUAUUUUGAACAAACGUAAACUAUUUGCUGUUGUUAAAAAACAUCCCAAUUAUAAUAGUCUAGUUUUGGGUAAUACCUUGAACAAAACGGAACUUAUAGAUAUAGCUCUGUAUGAGUCUAAAGAAGAAUCUCUUAAAGGUAUAACCAUUUAUGAGUCCCUCAUUGAAAAGAAUUAUUUUUUACGUUUUUAAUUGUUUUGAUUUUUGAUACACUUUUUUAUGGAAAACUAUUUGAUUUCUUGUUUAUUUUUUUUAUUAUUUACUUUCUAAAAAGUAUAUUGCAUUAUUUUUUAUGUUAAUUUUUUAAACAUUAUAUAUUAAUAAAAAUUAGAAUUUAUAAAAAAAAAA